UUCUGGGAGUUGUAGUCCUUUUUCCUUAAAGGACUCACCACUCGUCAUCAGAAAGAACUACAUUGCCUAGGAAUCCAUCCUCCAUGGGAUGUGUGGCUACGAUAGUUUGUCUUUGUUGCUCCAGGAAGGGAAACUCCUAGGAUGUCUCUGAAUAAAGACGCCAGAAGUGCCAAGUGACUAGAUGGGAGCCGAGCCGAAAAACUAGGGACUGGGAGCUACUGCAAGGAUAAUUUAUUAAACUUUGGAUUGCUGAAACUUGACAGUGUUACAGAUAAAAUGGCCUUGUGAAUAGGAAUGCUUGUCCACACAUCAGAAUUGGAGAUAUGGAUGAAGAUCAAAUGAUUGAAGAAGUCUUGGAUAAGUUUGUUAAUUGUCAUGAGCAAACAUAUGAAGAAUUUCUGAGCACUUUUACUCAUCUUUCAAAAGAGGAUAAUGUGACGAAAAGAGGAGCAUUCGGAUUCAGGUCUUCAGAAAACAUAUUUUCUUCAAUUCAGUUUACUCACAAAAAUGAACCAAAUGAUCACCAUCUUAGAAAUCAAGCCGUCUUUCUUCGUACUGCAUCACAAUGUUCAGAAGAGGAGCAGAUAAUGAUAGAUGAAGGCGAAAAAGUUGGCAGUUCCUUGCAAGGUGAUCUGAAUUGGGCAGGAAAGGUAAAGGUAGACAAUUUCCUAGAAAUAGAAGAUUUGGACGUGGAUGAAGAGAUUAAGCUCCAAAUGAGCAAGGAUUUGCUGCCGCCGCUGCUGCCCGGAGAAGUGGAGCAGGACGUAAGCAUCGGUGUUCCCUCUUACAUUCCUUCCAUGGCCCAGCCUCCUACCCCUAGAGUAAAGCCGAGGCCCACGAUGAAAGAAGCAGACAAACAAAGGGAAGAGAUACUCAGAGAUGAAGUUCAGCCCUUCUCACUUGAUGAAGAAUUUGAUUAUGACACUGUGAUGCUAACACCCAAGUUCACGCCUGCAGAGAUGGAUGCCAUCACAGAACUGUCCAAACAAAAGAGAGAGAACACCAACAGAGACUUGGAGGAAACCGGUGGCUGAUUCAUCAAGACACUUUGUGUUUAUUUUUAUUUUGUUCUUAUUCAAGCAUCAUUAGGAUAGAAGAUAAACCUACUAUAAUCUCCUUUGUGGAAAUUUAUGUGUGCGUUGAUUUAUCAGAGUUAUUUGUCUGUAAGGAGAUGUGAUUCGCAAGACCGCAGAGAUCUCUACUGUUACAGAGUUCCCCUCCAUCAUGUUAUUGCUACAUCCCAAUGGACGCGGCAAGCGGAGACAGGAAGCAACACCUAUGGAAGGGUCUAUUUUGAUGAGAGCACUGCAACUAGGUAACAUAGGAUAUUGUAACAGAGAUUGCAAACAUCAUCCCACCUCCUUGGGGGUGAAGGACAAUUGCAUAUGCAAAAGACAUUGUAGCUCAUAGAGAAGAAUUGAUUAUGUAGAUAGGUCACUGGUCCCAGAUAUUCAGAUUUAGUGGCAUGAAUAUGAGUGCUGAGACGCUGGGCUUCUAGGAUCGAUUGGGAAAGGCUUCACUGAAAAAGAAGGCACCUGAGAAUUGAUUAUAUGUCAUAUAUUAAAUUCUUGUACUUUGUUAUUGCCAUUAAGCCAUGUCUGAUGAUAGUUUCAAAGUACAAGGAAUGAUCUCUCUCUGCCAAAGCUUAAAAUACAAUUUGAGAAAGCAAGAGAUAGAGAAAACAACUAGAGAAUGUACAAACAUAUCACGAAGUGCUAAUUGUAUAGAGUACCCAUAAAUGCGUUAAGGGAAGAAUAGAGGGGUGAAGUCACAGAAGAAGGGGGAAUAGUAUGUAUGAAAUAUUUCAUUUCUAAAGGAAUCUAUAACAUCAAAUGUACUUAGUCUUAAUUAGUAUUCAUAGAGGGCUUUGUGUGUGCAUGUAUGUGUGUGUGUGUAUGUGUUCAUAAAAAAUGCCAUUUAUAUACCUUAUAAAAGAAUAUUCUUGAUUUAAUGUUGAGAUAGAGUCAAGUAAUUUUCAUUUAUAUUUUUAUUUAGUCAACAAAUUUUCAUAAAACACCAUUUAUGCAUCAAGUGUAUGCUAGCAAUGGAGAGGAUCCAAUUAAAUUAGAUAUGGUCUGAUUUAGUGGGGAAGGCAGAUGUAUAUACAAAUAAUUAUGGUAGAGCUGCACUGUUCAAUGUCAUAGCUACUAGUUGCAUAUGGCUAUUGAGUACUUGAAAUGUACCUAGUAUGAGAGAGGAACUGAUUUUUAAAUGUUAAUUUUACUUUAACAUAAAAAGUUGAUAUUUCAUGCAGUUAUAACAAAAUUUGAGAACAUUUGAAAUAAUUGAUAUGUGAAUUUCCUUCAAUUGUAAAUUUUAUGACAUCUAAAUACAGAUCAAUUUUUUUAUGACAACUUAGUGUCUAAAUUUUAAAUAUGCUAUAAAUAUAAAAUACACACUGGAUAUCAAAGGACUAACAUGAAAUAAUGUAGACUAUCUUGUUAUAGUUUUUGUAUUGAUUACAUGUUGAAAUAAUAAUAUUUUAGAUAUACCUGGUUAAGUCAAUUGUUAUUAAAAUUCACUAAUUUCUUUUUA